UAUUCUUUAUUUAAUAUUUUCACAUAGAAUUUUGCAAGUCCAAGACAUUACAACCGCUACAGGAACUGACUCCAGGAUGUCUUGGAUUUUUCAAACUUUUCUUUUAAUUCUGUUAUUUUCUUCAGUAUGUAGUGAAUGUGUGUCUCAGUUGUAUCAAAAUACAUAUUUCCGAGGAGGUGAUAUCGCUAAGGUUUUUACCCCAAAUGCAGACCACUGCCAAAUAGUGUGCACAUACCACCCAAGGUGUCUAUUGUUCAGCUACCUGCUAGGAAACUGGACCAAAAAUAAUACUAGAUUCGCAUGCCUCCUGAAAGACCAUGAUAAUCAAAUGUUGCCAAAAAUAUCUCUGGAAGGAAUCAUCUCAGGAUAUUCCCUGAAACAGUGUCCUCAAAUCACUGCUUGCAACAAGCAAAUUUAUGAAGGUUUGGAUAUGCAAGGAGGAAUAACUUACAAUGUUACCAUUGAAGAAAAUUAUCAGCAUUGCCAAAGAAGAUGCACCAACGAGAUUCACUGUCAAUUUUUCACAUAUGCUUCAUCAUUAAAUCAAGCUGCAGGCCUUCGCAAAAAAUGCUUCCUGAAAUAUAGCACCACAGGAACACCGGCCCAAAUUAAAGUGCUUGGAAAUGUUAUAUCAGGAUUCUCAUUAAAACCUUGUCAACUUGCUGAUACAGACUGCCGGUUGGAUAUAUUCCAACAUCAGAUAUUUUCUGGAACUUCCAUUGACAGGGUUUUUGCACCCGAUGCCUCUGUAUGUAGAACCAUUUGUACCUACCAACCCAACUGUGUAUUUUUUACCUUUUACAGCAGUGAAUGGCGGGCAAAAAAACAAAGGUAUACUUGUCACAUGAUGACUUCAAAAAGUGGAAUACCAGAUGUUUUGGUAGAAGCAAAAAAUGUUUUUUCUGGCUUCACUCUCAUAAACUGCCGAAAAACUAUACCUGCCUGUCAUUCUCUGAUUUAUCCCGAUUUAAAUUUUCUGGGGAAAGACCUGAAAAUGGAAUAUGUUGAUGGGCCCAAAGCAUGUCAGCAGCUCUGUACCGAUACUGUCCGCUGUCAAUUUUUUACCUAUUCUCCAAAACAAGCUUCAUGUAACAGAGAAGGUAAAUGCAAAUGCUACUUAAGAAUGUCUACUGAUGGGUCUCCGCAUGGAAUAGUUUCUGAGAAUGAAAAAAAAUCUGGCUACUCUUUAAGACUUUGUCAAGUGAAAGAAAGACCUGUAUGUGUGCAGAAACCCUUAUUGCACUCGAGGGUUGUUGGAGGAACAAACUCUACACUUGGAGAAUGGCCCUGGCAAGUCAGCUUGCAUGUGAAGAUAUCAAUCCAGAAGCAUCAUUGUGGCGGGUCGAUUAUCAGUGAUCGAUGGAUAUUGACUGCUGCUCACUGCACAGAAGACCUUCUGAUGCCUGGUAUUUGGCGGGUCUACAGCGGAAUCCUGAAACAGUCAGAGAUAAAUGAAAACACCUCCUUCUUCAAAGUGCAAGAGAUUAUUGUUCACCCGCAGUAUGAGAUUUCAGAAGAAGGAUAUGACAUUGCUUUGAUGAAACUUGACAGACCAAUGAAUUUCAGUGAUUUACAGCAACCUCUCUGCCUACCAGCCAAUGAAGAGACAAAUGAGAACCCAGGAUAUACCAGUUGUUGGGUGACUGGAUGGGGUUACACCUCAGAGAGAGGUGAAAUACAAGAUGUUCUACAAAAGGUCAAUAUCCCUCUAAUAACAAAUGCAGAAUGUCAGUUGCGAUACCGGGACUUCAAUAUACACAGCAAGAUGGUUUGUGCUGGCUACAGGGAAGGUGGAAAGGAUGCUUGUAAAGGAGAUUCAGGUGGACCUCUGUCAUGUAAACACAAGGAAACCUGGUAUCUAGUUGGUAUCACCAGCUGGGGUGAGGGAUGUGCCCGUCCAGAGCACCCUGGAGUUUACACCAAUGUUGCUGAAUUUGUAGAGUGGAUUCUAGAAAAAAUUUCAUAGAAGGCACAUUCAGGGAUGUAGCAGUAUUGUGACAAACAUACAAAUCUGAUCCUGAAAUUCUGUGAGAAAGAUGUUAGAAGGUUUGUAAGUCUGUUCCCUCUUGACAGUUUAGCUGAAAAAGGAAGUCGAUUUGGCAAUCUGUCACACAGUUUCCAGUCACACAUUCUUCAGAGGGGCUUAUUUCCAAAUAACUGCCUAAUUCUUUGCAGAAUUAGGUUCACCUAAACUCAAUAAAAUCAAAGGUGGAUUUAACUGCACAGGAGAUUGUAAGUCUAAAAUGAAGACAGGAAAAGUGUUACACUUUGGAAUA